AUGAUUAUUUUCAAGAUCUGCAGAUUAGCCAUUGCUGGUUUCUUUAUCAUCAUCAUCUCUAAAGCUGACGAAUGUCCACUUAAUACUGAUUUUCAUAAUUUUCUAGGCAUUCUAAACACCAUUUUGGGCGUGCCCAGUGAGUGCACACAUCAGAACAGCGUGUGGCCGUGCAAAUUGUCGUUUUCCUGUUGGCUGCAAGGCGGGCGGCAUGCCAAAGGCUGUGGCGCCAACAAGUGGUUAUUCUCAUGCUGCAUCGGUGGGACCAGCAGCAACAGCAACAGCAACAGCAACAGCGGUAGCUUCAACGCCAACACAGCAACCAAUUUCGCCACCGGUGAAGCUACAAUUCAAUAUCGACCGUUAUAUGGUGACGCCAAUCAAGCGCCAGUUGUUAAUGUAGUUAGCAAUGCACUCACCGAGUACAAGCGCCUGACAGGCAGUGGCAUUAGCGGCACUGGUGGCGCCGGGGUAUUGCCCAAGCGUGUGAUGCUGAAAAGACGCAACGAUAAUGAUGUCUUCGUCAAGCCUGAAUGCGGCUUGCCGCGUGCCACACAGCGCACUCUGCAAAAGCGCAUCAUUGGCGGAAGAUCGGCGAAUUUCGCUGAAUAUCCAUGGCAGGCGCAUAUACGCAUUGCGGAAUUCCAGUGUGGCGGUGUAUUGGUGUCGCAUAAUAUUGUCGCUACGGCAGCGCAUUGCAUACAACAGGCGCGCCUGCAGGACAUCUCCGUCUAUUUGGGUGAAUUGGAUACACAGAAUUUGGGUCAUAUACACGAGCCACUGCCGGUGGAGAAGCAUAAUGUUAUACUAAAGAUUGUACAUCCGCGUUUUCAAUUUCGCAUGACACAGCCGGAUCGCUUCGAUGUGGCGCUGCUAAAGCUGGCCAAGCCGACGGGAUUUAGUGAACACAUUCUUCCAAUUUGCUUGCCAUUAUUUCCGAUUGCUCUAAUUGGACGGAAAGGUCUAAUUGCCGGUUGGGGCAAGACCGAAGCGAGUAUGGGCCAUGCAGGUACCAAUAUGUUGCAAGUCGCGACGGUACCCAUAAUAACGGCCUUUGAUUGCUUACGCUGGCACGAAAGUAAACGCAUCAAUGUGGAACUCUAUGGCGAAAUGUUUUGUGCGGGUCACUCGGAUGGGCAUCAGGAUGCGUGCUUGGGCGAUUCUGGUGGGCCACUAAUUGUGAAAGAGCGUGGUCGUUUCAUUUUGGUUGGCAUCACUAGCGCCGGUUUUGGUUGCGGCGUCGAUCAUCAGCCGGGCAUUUAUCACAAUAUCCAAACUACAGCCAAAUGGAUACAGGAGAUGGUGGUGCGACACCCGGUUAUAAUGCAACUCUCCAUUGAACCAUUACUGGCUCUACCCUCGUUUUGGUGUUACCAUAGCCACCACGAUACGCCCCGAAAGGCCGUACCAACUGACCCACCCAUCUGCCUACCGGAAAAGAAUGAGGACUUUCUUGGAAAAUUUGGAUGGGCAGCCGGCUGGGGCGCUUUGAAUCCUGGCUCAAGACUGCGGCCGAAAACGCUGCAAGCGGUGGAUGUGCCGGUGAUUGAAAAUCGCAUCUGCGAACGCUGGCAUCGUCAAAAUGGCAUAAAUGUUGUCAUUUACCCGGAAAUGAUGUGUGCCGGCUAUCGAAAUGGAGGCAAAGAUUCCUGUCAGGGUGACUCUGGCGGGCCGCUGAUGCAUGAGAAGAGUGGCCGUUGGUAUUUGAUUGGCGUGGUUUCAGCUGGCUACUCGUGCGCCUCGCGCGGCCAGCCGGGCAUCUAUCAUCGUGUACCUUAUACGGUAGAUUGGAUAUCCUAUGUUGUCGGUCUAACCACCAAUCUGUAGUAAAAGUGAAUAUUCUCGAAUUCACUUGUUUCAAACAUACACUUCAAUUUAUAUUAAAAAAAAAGAAAAAAGAAAUGCUCAACAUUCUAAACUAAGCGACUUCUAAUUUAUGUAUUUGAUUUUUCAAAAAUUCUUCGAUUCGAUGCUGACUUUUUUGUUUUAGUCUUAGAAUUAAUAUAUUUAUUGUUAUGCUCUUGCGAAUUGGCUUCUAUUUGAAUUUUUGUAAAUAGUUUUUAUUCAAAUUGCUUGUCUCUCUUAUUGUUGGUAGCUUCUUUCUCAUAUGUAAAUGGCUGAUAUUGUUUGUUAAACAUUAAAUCUCAUUAAGUUUUGGGGGAAAAUCGCAGCAUUACUCUAAGUAAUUAUGCGUCUAAUUAAGCUAUUACUGUUUUAUUUGUGUAUUUUAUACAUACAUACGUGUGUAGGUAUAUGUAGUAAUUAAAUGGAGAAAAUAUUUAUCAAACUAUCAGGCAUGGAAAGUGUGCCCAAAUUACUUAAAUACAUACUCGUUUAUAUUUAGUACAUACUUAUAGAGAUAUGAAUGUAGAUAGGUAGCUAUUUCGGUGUUUUGUUACACUAUUUGUACUAUUAAGUAACAACUUUAAAAAUGCUUAAAUAAGAAAAAUUAUAAAUUUAUGUCCUCAUAUACAUAUGUUUUUACUUUACAUACAUAAUUCUGUACAUAGUGGGCAAAAAUAUUG